AUGCGAAAGACAUCAUUCUUCUCUCCCCUGAUGCUCGCGAGCUGUGUCGCGGCAUUGCCAGUUGCAAAUGAUGCUGCCGAGUACGAAUAUGUGAUCAUUGGCUCGGGCCCUGGCGGAGGCACUCUGGCGGCAAAUCUGGCACGCAGUGGCCACUCAGUCUUCUUGAUUGAAGCCGGAGCUGACAAUGGCGACACUCUUCUGCAGCAGAUUCCGGCAAUGGCCGACCCUGUCUCUGAGCACCCUGAAAUGUCUUGGGAGUUCUUCGUCUCUCAUUUCCAAAACGAUACUCAAGCCCGUCGCGAUUCCAAGUUUACUUACCGUUUGGCUAACGGGUCCUACUACUACGGUCUUGAACCUCCCGCAGAUGCAGAGCCUUUGGGUAUUUUCUACCCUCGAGGUGCUACACUCGGUGGCUCAGCCCAGCUCAAUGCCAUGAACUUUGCCCUGCCUCCCGACAACGACUGGGAGUACAUAGCGGAGCUUACUGGUGACGAAUCAUGGAGAGCUGAUAACAUGCGCACGUAUUUCACACAAGUUGAAAAUUGCACCUAUAUCCCACCCGGUACGGAGGGUCAUGGAUUCGAGGGAUUCAUUUCGAGCAACCGUAACAACAUAUCCUAUGUCACUUCACGCCCAGGCGUUGUCGAGGUCCUUCAACAUGCGUUCCUCGAAGCUGAGGACAUUGACAUUACAAGUCCCGAACAGAUUGGAGAGCUCAUGGAAAGGGACCUCAAUGCGGCCGACGCAGGGCGCUAUGCACGCAACGGCAUCUACCAACUUCCACUACAUUAUGACGAGUUUCGUCGUCGUGACGGGUCCAGAAACUACAUUGUAGAGACACUUGCUGCACGCUCUCCGACCGAUGACUCCGCCCUAUACCCUCUGACGCUGAGUACAAACUCUCUCGCCACCCGCGUUUUAUUUGAAAAUACACAAGACGGCCGUCCAAAGGCAUACGGCGUCGAGUAUAUGGUUGGCGAGGGGCUUUACGCAGCUGACAGGAGAUAUGAUGCCGAGGCUGCAGGGGAAUUGCGUCGUGUGACGGCAUCGCGCGAAGUCAUUGUUAGUGGCGGUGCCUUUAACACGCCGCAGAUUUUGAAGCUCAGUGGCGUCGGACCACGAGAUGAGCUGGAAGCAUUGGGCAUUGACGUCGUAGUGGAUCUUCCUGCAGUGGGCUUAUAUAUGCAAGACAACUAUGAGGCGGGUGUCACGGUGGAGGCCGCGAUUCCCUGGGAGAACAACCCCUUUGCCGAGUGUCUAUUCAACGUCUCCGAUUCGUCUGAUCCCUGCCUGGUUGAAUGGCAGACCACACAUACUGGGCCAUAUGGUGAAGGUGCAGCACCCAUCUCCAUGCUCUACCGCACCAGUGUAUCCGAGAAUGAAGAUGCCGACCUUCUCAUCUUUGGUGCUGCCGGUACGGUGUUUCGCGGCUUCUUCCCCGGCUACUCUACGGCGCACUAUCCGGCAGAGUCGUGGUUCUGGUCCAUUGCCAAGAUGCAGACGCCCGGCGAUCAGAGUCAGGGCACAGUGACGUUGCGCUCUGCUGACCCGAGGGAUGUGCCCUCGAUUGAUUUCAACUGGUUCACCGAGGAGACCAGAGACCGCGAUCUCCAGGCCCUCGAAGAGGGUGUCGCGUUUGCCAUGCGCAUGUUCAACGCAACGGGGCCGCCUUAUGCCCCCUUUACCGUUGUUGAGCCACGGCCCGACGUUGGUGACACUAGACAGGCGAUUGUGGAUGAGGCGUUUAGUCACCACGUCACGUCAACCUGUCGCAUGGGACCAUCUGCUGAGGACGCCAGCCAAAGAUACUGUGUGGACUCCAAGUUCAGGGUCCAUGGCGUGGAUGGGCUCAGAGUGGUUGAUGCCUCCGUGUUCCCGAGGACACCUGGAGCCAUGCCAGUUGCUCCCACCUUUGUUAUGAGUCAGAAGGCUUUCAAUGUCAUUAUGGCAGACAUCUAG